CUUCCGCCCAAGGCUGCCCCUGUGACUGCCUGUUUUCCCUCAACCCGCUUCCCCAUCUCAACAAGUCACCGAACAUAUUGAGGAUAAGCGCAAAAAAAAGGCGUUCAAACUGGCGGUGACAGCCGCGCGGGCGUGCCACACUUUUCACCUCCUGAUCAGGCGGAGAAUUAGACACCCAUCAACCCCACCACGAAAAAAAGGGGAGGGGUAGCUGAGCUCCAACAGGAAAGAAAAGGACCCAACGGCAUUAGGCGCCGCCGAAGAGGCCCAGAAAUGGAGCUGUUAGGGGGCUGCUACGAACAGAUUUUGUUCGGGUUCGUGAUACGGUCGGACGAGAACUGGGCAGCUGUUCCUGAUUUCACCCACCAUGCUCACAGUGCUUCAUUGUCAGCAGUAGCUGUGAAUGACAGAUAUGUAGUCACUGGUAGCAGAGAUGAAACCAUACAGAUCUACGACAUGAAAAAGAAAGUUGAACAUGGAGCACUGAUGCAACACAAUGGCACUGUAACCUGUUUGGAAUUCUAUGGAAGUGCACAUUUAUUGAGUGGAGCUGAGGAUGGUUUAAUGUGUAUUUGGAACACAAAAAGAUGGGAAUGCUUGAAGUCCAUUAAGGCACACAAGGGACAUGUGACAUCUCUUUCUAUUCAUCCUUCUGGGAAGUUGGCUUUGUCAGUAGGAACAGACAAGACGUUAAGAACAUGGAAUCUUGUAGAAGGAAGAUCUGCAUUCAUAAAAAAUCUAAAACACAAUGCGCAUCUUGUUAAAUGGUCACCCAGUGGUGAGAUAUAUGUGGUAGUUAUAGCUAACAAAGUGGAUAUGUACAAGCUUGCAACUGCUUCUGUCUUUGGCUCCAUCACUACAGAAAAGAGAGUAUCUUCAGUAAAGUUUAUUACAGAUUCCAUACUUGCCAUUGCUGGAGAUGAAGAAUUUGUACAGUUAUUUGAUUGUGACUCUCAAAAGUGCCUUUGUGAAUUUAAAGCUCAUGAAAACAGAAUAAAAGAGAUUUAUAGUUUUGAAAUGGAAGGUCUACACAUUCUGGUGACUGCAUCGAGUGAUGGAUACAUUAAGAUGUGGAGUCUUGAUCUUAACAAGAUUAAGAAUUCUCCAUCAUUGCUAUGUGAAGUCAAUACUAAGGCUAGACUUACGUGUUUAGCAGUUUGGCUCAAAAGAGAUUCAGAAAUCAAGGAGACCCCUAAUGAAGCUGCAACAUCUUCAUCUCAAGCACAUGAAGAGGAACAGCCAUUGACAAAGAAAAAGAAAAAUUGUUGGACUGAGUGUGAGAAGUCAUCAAAGGGGGAUGGCCAAGAAACACCCGUGAGAAGAAAAUCUGCAAAUGUACAGCAGCAGAAGAAAAAAAGUUGCAGAGAUUAAAAUGAUUGUGUGUGCAUUACCGUUUGCAGUUCUAAACCAAUAAUAAACGGCCACCAACCUGUUUUCACUUUAA